UUUGCUUAUGAUAUUGCACAAGGCAUGGCUUACCUGCACCAGCAUAGAAUACACCAUUCUCGUCUAAAAUCUUCUAACUGUGUCAUUGAUGAUCGUUGGGUUUGCAAAAUUACAGAUUAUGGGCUGGAUAUCUACCGCAAAGCUGACACUAAUGUUUAUCAAGAGCGCUUGGUGCAAGUAUACAUGCCUCCAGAAGAUGAAGCUGUGUCUGGCCCAGAAAAAUCAGCAGCAGCAGACAUGUAUAGUUAUGCCAUUAUUUUACUUGAAAUUGCAACAAGAAGUGAUCCAGUUCCGAAGGAUGAAUCAGAUUCGACGGAGCAUUGCUGUUUACCUUUACCAGAGUUAAUAAAAGGAAAAUCAGACAAUGGUUGUCCUUGCCCAACUGAGUAUGUAGAGCUGAUCAGGAGGUGCAGAAGCCAAAACCCUAUGCACAGGCCUACAUUUGAACAGGUGAAGAAACAACUGUACAAGAUGAAUCCUCACAAAGUCAGCCCUGUGGAUCUGAUGAUGACUCUGAUGGAAAAAUACAGCAAACAUUUGGAACAACUGGUGGCAGAACGUACACAGGACUUAAUGCAUGAAAAACAAAAGACGGACAGAUUAUUGUACAGCAUGCUACCAAAACAAGUUGCAGAUGACUUGAGACAGGGUAAGCCUUCACAAGCCCAGACUUAUGCCAGUGCAACCGUAUUUUUCAGUGAUAUUGUCGGGUUUACCCAGUUAUCCAGUAGCAGCACUCCUUACCAAGUGGUAGAUUUCCUGAACAAGCUGUACACCACCUUUGAUGAAAUUAUUGACAACCACGAUGUAUAUAAAGUGGAGACAAUUGGUGAUGCCUAUAUGGUUGUUUCUGGGGUUCCUAAAGAAAAUGGCAUCCGGCACGUCAGCGAAAUUGCCAGCAUGGCUUUAGAUCUUGUUACUGUGUGUAAGACAUUCCGAAUUCCACAUAAACCAAACACACAACUAAAGAUACGAGGAGGAAUUCAUUCAGGCCCAGUUGUAGCAGGAGUUGUUGGUACAAAAAUGCCCAGGUACUGUUUAUUUGGAGAUACAGUGAACACAGCAUCACGGAUGGAAUCAACAAGUGAAGCCCUCAAGAUACAGUGCAGUUCUAGCACUCACGACCUACUAAAACAGGUUGGAGGUUAUAUACUUGUGUGCCGUGGGACAUUACAAGUCAAGGGGAAAGGGGAUAUGACAACCUACUGGCUAGAAGGCAAGAAGAAUACCCCAAGAAAGAAUGUUAUUCCAAAUAUUUCAACAGCCCUACAAGAAAACGAGAGAGGGUCAUUCAGCUUGAUACCUGGUGUGUUAUCCAGUGACGCAUUAUUAACUUAAUUUCAAUUGUAACAGACUGUGCCAAAUAAAAAUUCAUGCACUCUUUCUUGCAUGUUACACUAUGUUAUGUAACAGGGUGAUGCCCAUGGCACUUCAUGGUAUCUGACUAUGGCUUUGAGUAAAAUUAAUUGGAAUAUGUGACAUUAGAGUUUGUGACAUUGGAGAAAACAAAAACUCUUUCUGUUUUUUUAGGAAGCUAUGUUUUAAAAAACAAAAAAGCACUGAAUGACAAUGGAACUUUAACAUAUGAUUAUUAUUUGGCAUUUUGGAAGACAGAAUACUGUUUAUGUUAAAGUAUGUAUAACUUUAUUUUGAAAAUCCUUUGAUGUGAUUUAGUACUAAACCAAUGAUGAGUUAUUUUUAUACAAACUUGAGAGAAUUUACAUGGUCUUUCCCAUUAAUGACUAAACAUUUAAAAAAUGUGGGUGUCACCAAUUUGCAGUUGCUAAAGCCUAACUAAAGAUAUAGGCUAGAAAUGUUGUACCUUAUGUUUUUGGCUUCUGUACCAGUCCA